CGUGCCGCUGCUCCGGCUUCGUGCUACAGUAACCCGCUCCAUACUAGCCAACUGCAGGAGGGAGGGAGCCGGUGGAGCUGUAAAACCGUGAUUUCACGGGCUCCGCGCUACAGUAGCUGUAGCGCGGAGUCGGUGAAGCCCGGCCAAACAGGUCCUAUAUAUUCUCGGCCCGUCGUCCGUGCUCGCUCUCCAACUCCAACCCGACCCAAGAGCCCAGAUAAAGAAGAUCAGGUUCCUCGCGCCUUCGUCUCCCACCUGCAACCCAAUCUCCGGGUUGAUCGACACCCGGCCGGCCCAUCACAGAGAAUGGCGAUGGCUCGGCAAGGCGGUGCCGUCUCGAUGCUGGUGCUGCUGCUGCUCCUCGGCGCCUGCAGCCUGCCGGCGCCGGCCGCCGCGGGGGUGCUCCUCUCCACGCUGCCCAAGGCGCUCGCCGUCACCGCCUCACCCAAGCCCGGCCAAGUUCUGCACUCCGGCGUGGACAAGCUGACGGUGACGUGGUCCCUGAACGCGACGGAGCCCGCCGGCGCCGACGCCGCCUACAAGAGUGUCACGGUGAAGCUGUGCUACGCGCCGGUGAGCCAGAAGGACCGCGGGUGGCGCAAGUCCAACGACGACCUCAAGAAGGACAAGGCGUGCCAGUUCAUGGUCACCGAGCAGGCCUACGCCGCCGGCGCCCGCGGCAGCUUCGAGUACACUGUCGCCCGCGACAUCCCCACGGCCUCCUACUACGUGCGCGCCUACGCGCUCGACGCGUCGGGCACGCAGGUGGCCUACGGUCAGACCGGCCCCGCCACCGCCUUCGACGUCGCCGGCAUCACGGGCAUCCACGCAUCCAUCAAGGUCGCCGCCGGCGUGUUCUCGGCCUUCUCCGUCGCCGCGCUCGCCUUCUUCUUCGUCAUCGAGAACCGCAAGAAGAACAAGUAGUAGAGGCGUGGUGUGUGUGGCGUCCAUGCAAUGCUUGUGUGUUAUCGCGCGUUGAGUUCUUUAAUUUGCGGCUGGUCUUGGCGAGCUUGUUCGGUGUAUAACAGAGAUGGCACGGUGGGCAACGAGCCGUUGCUCGUUUGGCAUGUGCUCCGGGUGGUGGAGUCGCCAGUCGUGGGUUCGAGCUCGCUCAGCCCGUGAUUCCCACCGGGGUUUUUCCCAUUUUUUUCUCUGCAGGUGCUGCCUCACGCGUGGAUGUGCCACCAUCUCAGCCACGUGAAGUUUCCACAAUAGUCAGGGUGACGUGCUCGUCAUGUUCGAAAUCUGGUGUUGACUUCGAAUACCUCUCAGCCACGUGAAGUUUCCUGUCUAA